CUCUCUCUCUGUGCGCGCUCGCUCUUGUGCGCGGGCACGUGUCUGUGUGUACGUGCUGGCAGACGUGCAGUGAUGGCGGACACAAUAGUUUCCUCAUUCCUCUGAUCUCCGACCGCAGAGCGGAGAGAUAACCGAACAAUACCCGGGUUUCUGUGGCUGUCCGCGGCGGAGCUCUGCGUGGUUUCCCGGUCUUUCAGCGGUGUUUUCCGGAUCUUUUUGCGGUGUUUUUCCAUCUCUGAGUCAGAAACAUGAGGAUGCAGUCGGCCGAGGUGUCGGUGGCUACCGGGCUGAAGCAGUGCCGGCACGCCCAGGACCAGCUGGAGGACGCCAUCACCAUGGUGAUGAAGGCCGAGACACAGCUGAGAGAAAACGCCAGAGAGGUGCGUUUGGAUCUUCAGAGCAGUGUGAGUCGUCAGCAGGAGGCUCUGCGCUGCCGAGAGGUCUGGCUGCUCGGACAGAUCGAGCUGCUGGAGCAACUCAAGACAGAAACUCUGCAGCAGCAGCUGCACCAACUGCACCGGCUGCGAGGCCAGUUCGACGUUCUCUUCCUGCAGCUGCAGAACGCCUCCAACAGCAACGACCUGAACAACCAGCUGACCAGCUGCAUGGAGAAGUUGUCCUCUCUAAGUCUGACGCCGGAGGAAACGCCUGAGAUGAGUUUCCACGCUGACUCUCGCUCUCUGAAGCAGGCCAUCACCUCGUUUGGUAGCAUCACAGCUCAGCUGGUGGAGGGCGUGUCCUCUCAGAGCCCCGCCCCCCAGAGAGGUCAGGUCAGCUGUCCAAUCACGGCUAAGAAACAGAAGAUGGAGGCAGCCGCUCUGUGUGACUGGCUGCUGGGAACUCCUCAAGCAAGCAGCGCUCCUAUUGGCUACCAGCCCAGCAAGAACCCUCAGGAUUGGUUGAUGGCACACAAGGAGAGCAAGACUUCCUGUCCCGCCCUGGCUUCGGUGGACUUCCUGCAGGCCUGGGGUCAGCUGAGAGACCUGGAGGCGUGGCUUCAGACGGGCGCCGCCGGCAGCCGCGAGCGAGCCGACAGCAGCUGCAGCUCCGACUUCUCCAUCGAGAAGAUCGACGAAUCGGAGCUCACCGUCGAGGAGGAGGAGGAGGAGGAGGAAGAAGAAGAUCUAAAUGGCUGGCUCAUCACCCCGGCCACUGUCUCCAUGGAGACUGUGUCAGACGGCGAGCGGUGGCGUGACGUGUUGAAGCCGUUCCAGGCUGGCUGGGAGGCCAGCGAUUGGCUGUGUGCGGCGCCGCGGCCGGCCGACUGCUCCGCCUGCUGCCAGACGGCCGCUGCCUCCACGCCGCUGGAGAUAGAGAACCUGGGACUGCUCAAGUGCCUCAAGACACCACCGGCGCCCUCCAGCCCGGCCUCCUCUGGCGCCCCUGCGGCGGGGACUCUGGAGUCGUGGCUGCAGCAGGCGGCGCCGCUGCAGACGACCUGCAGAGCCAAUGAGGUCUGCUCGUCAUACGCCGACUGCGUCUGCGAGCAGAACUGCGGGAAGGAAGCUCUGAGCCUCUGGCUGCUCCGGCAGGACGGGCGGGACAAGAACGGCGUCCCGGUAGCCAACAACGCCACGCCACCCAGCGCCAAGAACGUCCCGCCCACUCUGCACCACAGGGAGCAGGAACAGAAGGUUCAGGCCAUCCUGGAGGCCUGGCUGCACCCCCCCACACCCUCCUCUGGGUCUGGGGAGGAGAAGGCCGCCAGGGAGGAGACUCUGUUCCAGACUCCUCUGGAUCCAGAUCUCUGGGUGGUCCCGGGACAGACGCCCCCCAGCCCUGCAGACACACACGAGGACAAAUGGCUGCUGAGGAAGAGGAGUCAGGCUCAGGAGCGUCUGUCUGUGUGUGAGCUGUUCUCCUGUAUGAAGCUGAGUGGAGACAAAGACAAAUGGCUCCAAAACACCUCUCAACAGAUGUGACGAUGACGAUGCUGCUGCCUCUUCUUCUUCUUCUUCUUCUUCUUCUUCUCUCGUCUGGGAGUCACUUUAUCGCUGAUCAGCGCACACGAAUGCAACCAUCGAGCCGCCGCCGCCUUCCUGUGACAUCAUCAUGACGCCGCUCUCCUCCAAUCAGGAGCCAGAUCACCGCCUCCAUCUGAGAAACUAAGAUUUAUUGUUUUUAUUGUCUGAUUUCAGCUUGUUUGUUUGUUUUGAUCGAGAAAAUGUGAUUUUAGACUUUGAGUUCCAGCCUGAAGGGUGCUAAAGGUGCUAAAGGGGCGGGGCUAGAUGGGCUAAAGGGGGCGGGGCUAGAUGUGCUAAAGGGGGCGGGGCUAAAGUCGCCUUUAUUUUAAUCCAGCAUGUUUUUAUGAUUUAAUUUUUUAACACAAUCUCUGUUCCUUUUUCUUUUGUUCUUAUUUUACUGUGAAAGGGCAGAGAUCCACUUCCUGUGGCCCAGACUGCAGGCUGCUUUCUUCUGACACUGCGUUCUGCACACGCUCAGUAGGGUUCCUUUCCCUCGCCGCGUUCUGCACACGCUCAGUAGGGUUUCUUUCUCUCCGACACUUAACAAACACAACGCACUUUAAAGUAUCUCAAUCUCUCGGAUUAAUAACGGAGUUAUAGCUGCAGAACAGAGUACUAACAGGUAUUAAUGUGUGUAUUAAUACCUUAUUAGCUCUAUUAAUGUGUGUAUUAAUACCUUAUUAGCUCUAUUAAUGUGGUUAUUAAUACCUUAUUAGCUCUAUUAAUAGAUCUAUUAACAGAUGUGUGUCUGACUCCCACAGUUCAUGCACGUGGGCCAGUUUUAUUAUCAAUAUUAAUGUGAAGAUUAUUACAUAACGUGAACACUGUGGGAGGAAACCUGCAGCUGUUGGAUCUUUCAAAAUAAAAGCUUCUGGACUUUAUGUUUCGGUGGCUAGAUGGGAAACUGCUACGGGCGCAAGUGACGCAAAAUCUCCCAAAAUCUCCCAGAAUAUAAUAAUAUUUAAACACGUGGUGGUUCCUCGGGAAGGUUUUAAUCCCAACAACCAUCUUUUUAUUAAUUUAGCUGUUGGUUUUGAUAUAAAAAGACGACUUUUUCUCACAUUUUCUGACUUUAUUCUCAAAAUCUUCCAACUUUUUCUCACAUUUUCUGACAUUAUUCUGAAAAUCUUCCAACUUUUUCUCGCAUUUUGCGUCUUUCUUCUCCUAAUUUAACCCCAAACCUUAAAGUCACUUCGCUCAGAGGACGCAGGAGUUCCAACUCUGAUCAAAAGUCUGAAUAAUUUCAGAGUAAAGGUCGUAAUAUU